CAUUGGAAAAAGAAAGAAAAAACUACAACAGAGUGAUCAUCUUUUAUGGAUUGGUUUGACUAUUAAGUUGAGAUGUGCCUCAGGUCUACUCAGAUUCCCAGUUUUAUAACCGUUGAGUGCUACCUGCAGGAUUUGGGCUUAUCAGCUCUUUAAUCUCGAAGCAUCUGGGUCUAAAUGGUGUCUGUUGUUUCUGUGUUGUUGGCUUCUUGCACUGAACUGCCUUCUCAUCCUGGAACUUUCUGAUAAAGGAAUAGUUUUGUUUCAUUUAAGCAUUGAAAAUCAAGGAGUCAAGCAGUCGCCAUGGCGCUGCAUGGCCCAGCCUCAGUGUUAGACCGUCGUGGGAGAGAACCGACAUCACACGUGAUCCGUGACCGACUGACGCGGCAUCAGAGCCCCUCUUGUCUGGAGAACCGUUACAGCUAUACUAGUAGCGAGGACGGCGACGAUAUUAGCCACCGUAUUUCACAGCCAUACAGGACAAGCUUCAGUGCGGUUUCUACUCUGGUUAGGACCAAACGUGACCGAAGUAGGUCCAAGAGUCCAUGUGCUUCAAGCUUGAAAGGAAGUGAUAGGAGUAGGUCAAAGAGUCCGGGGGCUCGUAAAAACAAGCAUGUGACUUAUGAUGAAAGGGUUGUGAUACGAGAUUCAGACUCUAGUAGCGUGACAAAUCUGUCCGAUUGUGACUUGCAUGAAACAUCUGGUCAUUAUUCAGAGAGUGGUUCUUCACUGAGCACAGACAUGUCGGGAUCUAGUCCUAGGGAUUAUUCCUCCCAGUUGCGGGAGCUGUCCCAGCAGAUUGUGCGGGAGUACUCGCAUGGGAGCGAGUCUGAAAACCAAAGCCCAGUGUUAUCUAGUCAUAGCAAAAAUCAAAACCAUGCCAAAGCCAGCACACCAAAUGGGACUGCAAGAAAGUCAGACAAUGUUGAUUUGGGGGGCAAAAGGCCAAAGGAGCCCUUGCGUAUUCAGAAUGGCGGUGAUAGAAAUAAAAGAAUAAUUGUGCAAGAUGAUUAUGAUCACGAACGCAGUAUAAGUUAUAGGGCUGCAAUUAAGAGCAAUUAUUCUGACGAAAUAAAGCAACAGGCAGAAGCAGCUGUGCAAGAGUACUCAUCACGGAAGGAGGAACAAAGCUCUCCAGCAGUGGAGGUAAAAACAGUGAGGGAGAGGAGGAAUUCUUUACCUCAUGAGGUUGAGCCAGAGGAAAGUAGCAAACUGACCCAGUCGAAGAGGUCAAUCAGUUCAAGUAUUGGCAACUUCUUCAGGCGGCUAUCCCCACAUUUAGGGCGUAAAAGUAAAAAGGGUAACCUGUCUAAUGCAAGUUCUCAGAGCCUGUCACAUGGUGAUGAUUUGGACUCUUCAUUUCAUAGGCAUGGUAGUUCUAGUAGCCUACAGAGGGGAAAAUUGAGGAGGUCCUUUAUGAAACUUAUUGGUAAAUCACCGAAGAAGGGCAACAAGUCAUUAAAUAAAUCUGAAAACUCUAUUGAUGAUCUAAAUCAGUCUAAUACCAGCAAAGAGGAAACAUCGAGAACAACUCCAAAGUCUGAUUUAUACAUGAAAUCCAUACAACAGUCUUCCAAGGCUGACAAAGACAUUUAUCACAAGUUCAAAGAGCGGCAGACAUCCCCACGCCAACAAGGGGAGAGAAUUGAGUCGUCCAGGUCGAGGGCGGUAAAAGCUUCAAGUGUUACCUUCUCUGGAGUACAAGACGUUAGACCAGUCCCCCAGCAAAAUGGAGUUAAAUCUGUGUCAGCAGAAGCUCUGGACUUAACUGAGCACACACCGUCCCCAGACUUGCUGAGCGGUAGGAGAGUGCUGGGGCCUGUACGGGCACUGGUACGUGAUGCCCAAAUGGACGCAAUAUCGGGCGAUUCAAUUGGAGAUUGCUCAAUUGACCCUAAUCUUACAGGGAGUGAGCCAUCGUUACAGAGUCAGACAUCAGUAUCAAAGCAUGUGGCUGUCAGUUACGAGUCACAUGACCGUAUAAGCCCCGCCCAGUCCCCAGUUCUGGCAAGCCAACAGUCAAUCACAGCGGAGAACAGAACACCCGUACACAGUCAGCAGAGAUCUGAUAAUCGAAGACAACGGGAACUCAAGCUUGGCUCUCCACAAAUGCCGAUAAUUGCUGAUACAGCAGAAUUUUUCCCGACUGACACGACCCCGCGCACUCCUUCCUACCUUCGUCUGAGCAGUGCGGUCAGUGGCUAUGGUCACUACAGUAAAUACAGUUCUUACCGUGGAAUAGAGAAGCGGUCCCCAUAUUCAAGCACCCUCUCUCUCAGAUCAAGUCGCUCCGACUUGGCCACCCCAGUCUCGCCUCUCGAAAUGCCGAUAGGAAAAUUACCAAACAUUCAAGCCCCGACAAAUUACCCCCCCUUAAGGAAUGAAAUUAUGUCCCCAACUGCCAAGGGGAAGUUUGAGGGGAAGUUUGAUGAUGUUGACUCUAGCCCUGCAGUGGUGAAUGGUGCUAAACAUGUGGAACCAGUGACUGUAAACUCUGUGCAGGUGUCAAAUAAUGAUGUGUGUGUAAAUGGGAACGGGUGUGAUGAUGUGAAAGUGAAUGGACAGAACGGACAUUUGGGCCUUAUAGAAACAUUCGAGGCUACUGGGGACCCGGAAAAGGAUGCGGACUACUUUCUGACAGUGUCCAGGCAGGAGGAAGACCGGUUGUUGGUCCUGUGUUCACAGUGUGAGAGAGAGCUGAGAUCAGACUCCAUCCCGGAAGAAGGGAGUGGUAAGAUCCGGUCAGCGGUGGGGAAAGCCAACCUGCUUACCACACAGAAGUUCAAACAGUUCCAGGAGCUCUGUAACCAACACAAGUACCCAGACCCUAAUGAGAAGCCUACCCUAUGGGAGGACCUACAGGGUUUCUGGGAUAUGGUCAAGAUGUCGAUACACGAUAUUGAUGAGAUGUUCACAGAGAUAGAACUCAUGCGGCAAAACGGCUGGCAGGAAAUAAAAAUACCGUCUCGUCGGAGUUCAGCGAGUUCACGGUCCAGUCCAAAGUCAGGAAGUAUCAACGUGAGCAACGCCAGUACGCCUUCCCAUACACCAGGGUCAAAGCGUCGAGCACGAGUGAGGGACACACCGGAUUCAUCGCCAGAGCGUUCACAGAAAGCCAAGAUGGCCGCCAAAGUCCGAGAUGAUGCAAGGAAGAGAAUGCUUGCAGAGAAACGCGCAGCCAUGAAACAACAAAAACAACAACAAGAGGAUAACGUCGAAAUAUAUGUGCCAGAUAAAGUUACAGACUCACUGGAGGGUUCACCGGAACCCACCCAACCAAAAACUGAAGUGAUCGAUUCGAAUGUAACUGAAAAUAAUGUAGUGGAGGAUAAUGACCAACAGGACCUUGGGUCCGAGGUGUGACACAUGGAUUAGUUGUUAAUGGAGUUUAAUUGCAUUUUAUUUAUUGUUUAGUUGUAUCUUCUUCAUGUUACUAUAAUAAUGAUACUUAGAGAUUACGUAAAAAAAAAACAUGUGAUUUUAUGAACAGUGGAAUUGAAGUAUGUGUUUCGACGAGCUGAAUUGGUGCUGACUGAUUAAGGAUUAUUUUCAAUGUGUGUGCACCUUGGUAGGAAAGGAAUGUUCUGCUUGAUUUUUGAUUAUUUUUCGAAUGGAGAUUUAUAAGCAGAUAUUUCUUUCAAUUAAUUAUUUAUCAUCCAAGAGAGAUAAUCCAGACUUAAGUGCAAUUCUUAAACUGAUCAAAAUAGUGUUUGUGAGCCAGUGUUUUGUGAAGCAUCGUCAUGUAUUUCGGAUAUAGGAUAUUCACUUCAUAUUGCUAGGGCAUUUUAUGAAGGAACAGAUAUACAUUCUCUUGGUUUUAAAAAUCAAUUCUCAUGCAGCAAGCCUGUGGAGUCGGAAUAUUUAGUACUUGUGCGACCAAUGUUCAAACCAAACCAUUUUUUUUACAACAAAUAAUCCAAGAUGGAAGGAAUUAUGCAGGGUAUCAUAUUUGCAUUUAAUAAUUCCAGAACUGUUUUCACAUACACCGGGUUGUGAUUACAAACCAUUGCCUAUAUAAUCAUUGGUAGAUGAUCAUUGCUCUGUCUUUCAUGGUGGUUGUAUUUAUUUUCGUUUCGAAUAAUAUCCAUACAUUUAGUAAGUAAGUAAUGAUAGUGACUGUGUUUCAUUUUUUGAAAAAAAAUAUGAUUAAAGAAUAUUCUCCUUUAUUUCGAUUCAUUUUCAUUUAUAUCAAGGAGUGUGAAAAUAUUUAAAUUGUUGUGUUUGUCGGGAGUGCAUUAUGAUAUUCCGCCCCAAUUUAUCAGAACAUCUUAAGUUUGACAGUAUUAAGAAGUUGAUUGCAUUUUCCCAUAAAUAUCAUAAUUGAAAAAUGUUUACUGUGAUUAUCAUAAAGACAAUAUCUAUUUAAAUUUGAUAAACUUUUUAAGAAGUUAAUAUUUUUAAACAAAUUGUAGAAAAAAACUAAAAUUGUGAGUGUAACAGAUGUACAUGAGCACUCUUUUGCAGCUUAAGGUUUACAACUGACAUAUUUUAUUGAAACAGGCCCCAGAACAUCAAAUCAUAGAAGUGAGAAAUAGGUUUAGUUAGAUAUUAUAUCAAGGCCUUCAGGUCAAUACAGCAAGUCUUACAGAGAGAACAUGAAACCAUAGAACAAUUCUUGACCCGUCCCUGAUUACAGUGAAGGGAGAGCACUCUUAUUGAAAUGAGAAAAAUACUAACAAGUCAUAAAUUAAGCAUAAGUGUUUAGAUAAAAAAAAUAUUGUUUGUUUUUAAUUGCUUCUCAAUCAUUUUCUAAGCUAUGAGCUACAGCUAUGAGCUACAGAGUGUUCAAAUGAACAAGCUAUGGUCUGAUUAACAUGACGCGAAUUGGAACUCACCUUUGCCAGAUCACUUGUUUGGGGGUUGGUUGUCAGAGGUGGUCAAAUUAAUCCGAUGGAUUAUGAAACCAAUUUUAAUUAUUUAUUGACAUAAUAAUAAAAAACCCUUGAUUGGUAAAUUGAAUGGUUAAAUGACAACCUGUGUCAUGUUAAUUGGCUGUUGCUUGUAAUGACUGCCUAUAGUCUGUUUCCAUAUAACAUCUCCCCUCCCCAACCGAUCAGGUCACCUCAAGGAUUACUCCAUGUUUGCACAACCAGUCAAUGGCAAGCUAUAUUCUUUGUUAUCCACGGUGCCAAAUUGUUCAGGACAUUUCUGUAGGGUUCUGAUGACAUGUAUACAGUUUUACUGAUUAGACUAUUUAUAUGGCACAUUAUUAGAAGAAUACAUGUUUGAUACUUAUAAUUAUAUGUAUUGUCUAAAAAGCUUGAAAUGUGAAAGUAUAUGUGUUUCUAGAUGAAUAAUUAAAAUUAGUGUAUACCAGGAAUGAUAAAGUUCAGGAUCAUUAAGCUUUUAACAUAAGACUAUUGUACAGCUUUAGGUUAGUCAUUUUAUGAACAUUUGCAUAACAAAUCAUAAAGAAGUACCUAAGUACCUUGAAAUGAAUGUAAAUUGCUUUGGACGCUAUCUAAACAGGGGUCUAAGCCCCUUAACCCGCCCUUGGGCCUGAAUCCCUUAACUUGAGUCAAACUCAAACUUAAAUUUUCAAGGUUGGUUUUUCGGUCUGUUGUACACAGACGUUCAUGUAUAGUGCUUGAUGCAAGCAAAGUCCUUAACUGAGAAAUGCAAUUUGAAGGAUUUACGUGUUCAUUAUAAAUAUGAAAUGAAAUAUCAUAUUUAUUAAAUAACGAAAGAUCAUGUUCAGUUAACAUUCUUUCAUUUCCCUUGUAGUUUGUGCCUUGGACCGAAAACACAAUCACAAAUUGUGAUAAUAAAUCUAUUACAUAUGACCUAUAUUUAUGGUAUUUUGACUAGAUACAUUACCUGCAAUAUGCAUGUUUUUGAUAAUUAUCAUUUAAAUGUGCAUGAUACAUAAAUAGAGCUUUGCAUCUUGUAAAUAUACUCACCUGUUUUAAUUAUUUUUUAUCAGGCAUAUAAAAGAUAUUGGCUAACUAAGGGACCAUGGGUCUUUCUUUUGUGAAAUUGUGUUGGAAUUAAAAAUUGAUGUCAUAAUUCUGUUGGGUUAUAUAUGUAAUAAUGGUGUUAUAUGGAUCUUUCUUUUUCAAGGAAGAGCUAAAUGUUAAAAUAUAAUACGAUGUGGAAUUAAAACAUAUACCAGCUGUAGUUCUGUUCAGUUCUGAUUUGCAAAGUUAAUGAUGUGCUUUGUGCUAUGGAAGUUGAUUUAAAGUUAUAUUAAUUACUAGUUUUGAUGUGCAUUUACACAUUUGCCAUUAGCAGUUUAUGUUUAAUGUUGUGUUGGAUGUAUUUUCUGUAUUAAACAAUUAUUAUCUAAUGUCUGAAGUACUAUUAUAUAAAGUUAAGCUGCAUUAAAUUGAAAUACCCUCUA